AUGUCCGGCAAUUUUGAGAAAUCUGUGAAGGGGGCCACUAAAGUCAAACUUGCAGCCCCCAAAUCCAAAUAUAUCGAGCACAUCCUAGUAGCGACGCAUACCGGCGAGGCCGGCGUGGCAGAGAUCUUCCGAACAGUGCAGCUGCGACUUCGUGACUCAACAUGGACGAUAGUAUUCAAGUCCCUGAUCGUGAUUCACAUGAUGAUCAGGGAGGGUCAAUUGGACGCUACGUUGCAGUACAUGGCCGAAAACCCGCGGAAGCUGGCAAUCAGCGGGUUUUCCGAAGCUCAAUCGCAAGGGCAUAAUAUCCGAAGAUACUCCGAUUACCUCAUAGCGCGCGCGAACGCGUUCGAGACCACCAAGACCGACUAUGUACGGAGCGGUCAAGGGCGGAUGAGACGACUGACGGUCGAAAAGGGUCUUUUGAGAGAAACGGAGAUUGUCCAGAAACAGAUCCGUGCUCUGUUGAAAUGUGAUCUCUUGACGGAUGAGGUUGAAAAUGAAAUCACCCUCACAGCCUUCCGGCUGUUGACUCUAGACCUCCUGACCCUCUACUCAGUGAUGAAUGAGGGUACUAUAAACGUCUUGGAACAUUACUUCGAGAUGUCCCGGCCUGAUAGCGAGCGGGCACUUGAUAUAUACAAGACAUUUGCAGCGCAGACCGAGGAAGUGGUCAAAUUCCUCGGCGUUGCCAGGCACUUUCAAUCAGCAACGCGCCUCGAAAUCCCCAAACUUAAGCAUGCGUCCACGGACUUAACCCGGCUGCUUGAGGACGACUUGAACGAUCCGGAUUUCGAUCUCCGACGGCGUGAAUAUCUGCUCUCAAAGGGAAAGCCCGCCGGCUCUUUACCCAAAGUCGCAGCAAACAACACCGGCGGGGUGGGGGUUAGGGCAGCCAGCAAUCCUAAUCCCGCGCCCGCGCCGGCGCGACCUCAAACCGCCGACCCUAGUUUGACCAAGAGGGAUAACCCUUCGGAUCUGAUAGACUUCUUUGACUCCAUCGAACAGCCGGCACAGCAGCAUUUGGCAGCUCAUCAGAUGCAACAGCCACCGUUUCAACAGCAACCGCAGGCGAUGCAAUACCAGCAGACCGGCUUUCAACAGCAACCCCAGCCAGGGGGACUCUACCCGCAGCAAACCGGUUUCCAACAGCAACAGCCUCAGCCGAUGGGUUACGGCCAGCCCGGGGCCUUUGGGGACGCUUUUGGCCAGACAGGCCAGAAUCCAUUCGGUCAACCACCACAGCAGCCAGCUCCCCAACCGCUCCAACCUAUGCCGACGGGCGCGGGAUUUGGUGGCUACACCCCUCAACCGCAAACCUACCCCCAGUCUGGUCUUGCGCCUAACGCGCAAAGCAAUCUCUCUCCGUUCCCUCAGCAGCAGCCACAGCAGUUGCAGCCGCAAACCACGAAUCCGUUCCGGCAAUCAAUGUUAGUGAGCCAGACGACCGGCUCGGGUCUAUCUCUCACACAGAUCAACCGACAGAGCACCAAUCCUUUUGCGCGACGAUUGUCGGCCGUCAACCCGCAGUUCAACGCCGGCGACAUGUUGGCGCAGCAACCUCAGCAACCUCAGCAACCUCCGCAGCCUCAAGCGCCUCCAGCGCCAGUCCAGCAAUUGCAACCUCAGCGAACGGGAACUAAUCCCUUCGCUCGAAGUUCCUCCGUUCCUCCACAACAGUCGCAAGGGUUGCAGGCUCCCGCGGCGGCGCCCCUUCGUCCCAAUCCCACCGGCAGUACGAACCCAUUCCGUCAGAGUGCUUUUGUGAACCAGCAGACAGGCCAGGGGUGGCAGAGCAGCCAGCAAGGCACCAUGGGAGGCUACGAGAGUCUGGGGACCGUGCCCGUCUUCCCACGACCCGGAAUGAUGUAG